ACAUUAUUCAUCAGUGUCACCUUAUCCGUUGACAAAAUGACAUAUUAUCUUGUGCUUCUCGGGGUAGUAGUGUCCCUCUGCCUGCUCGACAAAACCGUUACUGGACAAAAUGCUGUGACGAUACCCGGAUUUCGAGGCACUGCACAUCGCGUUUCUUCCGGUGAUGUUACCAUCGUUGACACGCAUACUGUGCGCAUUAAGAACUUCCAUUACGACGGAUCUGCCCCUGACGUUUAUUUCUGGGUGGGGAGGGGUCGCCCUAGCCGGAAUGGGAAGCAGAUACCAGAUGAGCGUGGCGUGUCGGACAAGCUGAAUGGAUACAACGGCAAAGAUAUCGAGCUCGCGUUGCCGAAUGACAUCUCAGUUAAGGACAUUGACUACAUCUCCGUUUGGUGUAAAAGAUACGGUACAAAUUUUGGACAUGUCACAAUACCCAAAAACCUUAAUGUUCCAGUCUAUCGGAGAGCUGGUUGAUUUUGAUUGUUUAUUUAAAAAACUUUAUUUAACUAAAGCAAGUUAAUUUUUAAUUAAUAGCUAAACCAAUAUUUACAAUCUUUAUUGUAGAUUAAUUAUUUAAAUAAUUAUUAGUAUUUCGUACAUAUAUUUUGCUGCCUGGUACAAUGUAUAAUGUGACGUCUAAUGUGGGGUGUGUAAUGAAUGAAUGAACAGUGCAACACCGACAAUACAAAUGCAGCACUAAUACACAUGUAAGCAACAUGUUUUUCAAAGAUGAAGUACAUCUCAUGUUUUAUUUUAAACAACUAGACUUGAAAUAGAUAAAUAACGAACAAAAUAAAGAAAUACAUACCUAUUAAAAUACCAA